AUGGCAAUCUUCCGUCAGAGCAAAUACAGUCUUCUGGCCUUAUGCGGGCUGUUCUUGAUCACCACUACAGCUGCCGUCAUCGAGCCCGACCAGCCUCAAUCUCGGAUUGUCGGGCGUGGAGCUGUUCUUGAUCAUGAUGAAACACCUCUAAUUGGGAGAGGCACUGCUGCCUGCAAGACAUACGUCACCCAGGCCCUGGAUACCUGCAAGACUAUCACGAAGGCUCAUGAUAUCACCAUGGCGCAGCUCCAAAUGUACAACUCUUACACGUGGAGAUUUGACUGCCAGAACAUGCCGCAGGGUUCAAUAAUUUGCAUUGGUCCUGGAUCACCUCCAAUGCCAACAGCUCGUUCUAACGCGACUUGUGGCCCUUUGGUCCCGGGAACUCCCAGACCGGCCAAUUGGUCUGACCUUGCUUCCUUGAACCCGUGUCCUUCGAACGAAUGCUGUACCGGAGAUGGCAUGUGUAAAGCUUUUGGAGAUUACUGGUGCUCUCCACGAGACGACACAUGUAUGUCAAAUUGCAAGUCUACCACGACCACGGUAAAGGCUGCAACGAAGACAACCACUACCACCAAAGCGAAGACAACUUCGACAACUACAAAAGCGAAAACGACGGCAACAACCACAAGUCAAGGUCCCGCAUGGACGCUCGUCGCCUAUACGGGCACAACCUGCAAUGAAGAUUACUAUCUGCUGAAAGCGCAUAAAGACCAGGACUCAAAAUGCAUUGAUUUGCCUGGGGAUUAUAAAGCUGGAUUAGACGAUCAGACAGGUGUCUACUGUAGGUAUUUCACCGACGGUGGGUUCAGCUCAAGUUCUUGUGCUUCUGCUCCCGUGGAGAAAUUGCUCUCAUGGUCAUUGACUAGGGGUGUCUGUACGGCGUAUGACAAGCCUUGCAGUGACUCUGGGGGCCAGGCUAUCAGUAUUGAUUCCGAUAGUGGCUGUCAGGCUGAUAUUAUGGGUAAACAUGUUGAGAGGAAAUGGCGCUCUGUUCGAUGUAUGGUACAUUGA